AUGACGAUUGAAACUAUGCAAAACUCCGUUUCAAAAACCGGCUUGGAUGCCCGUUUGGCAGCACGACACAACAAGCACACAACUCCAACAGCAGGCAUAUCACCUGGCUACAUUCAGGCAAACAUGAUCGUCCUACCGUCUCGUUAUGCCGCCGAUUUCCGUAACCUAUGUGCAAGAAAUCCAGUUCCCUGCCCUCUCAUCGCUGAGUCAUCCUCCACUGGGUCGUUCUCCUCUAUCAAGACUUGUAUCAAAGGUCUUGAAGAUAGAGGCGUUGUUUCGACAGAGUGCGAUUUACGAACGGACUUGGCUCGCUACAUGGUCUACAAGAAUUCAAAGCUCGUCGCGUCCCAUGUCCAGGAUGUUAUUGAGCAGUGGACCGAGGACCACGUCGCCUUUCUAAUAGGCUGUUCUUAUAGCUUUGAAACGGAGCUCAUACGCGCGGGACUGCCGCCACAGCAUAUCCUGCUGGGAAGGAAUGUGUCCAUGUAUAGGACGACGACGCGUCUAUGUCCGGCGGGCGUGUUUGUUGGAGGGACGUAUGUUGUCUCUAUGAGGAUGUAUAAGAGGAGUCAGAUUGGGAGGGUUAGAGAGGUGACGAGUAGGUUUGGCGUGACGCAUGGAGAGCCGGUGGAUUGGGGGUGGGAGGCGGUUGGGAGGUUGGGGAUAAGGGAUUUGGGGGAGCCGGAAUGGGGUGAUGCGCCGGUUUUGAAGGGUGGUUUUGCGGUUGAUGAUGGGGAUAGGGAGGACGAGGAGGAGGUUCCUGUGUUUUGGGGAUGUGGUGUCACGCCGCAGGAUGCGGUUAUGAGGGCUGGUUUGGAGGGAGUUGUGUUGGCGCAUGCGCCGGGGUAUAUGUUGGUUUUGGAUGUGAAGGAUGAGGAUAUUUUGGAUGUGUUGUGA